AUGAAUGGGUGGUUAGUUAGCUGUCAGCUCCGUCCACAUGCACUUUCAACGGCUUUAACAUCACGUUUUACCGUUUACUGACCAGCGGUUGUGUUCGUUUAAAAGCUCCAGCGAAUUCUUCUUCUGCAGACGAGUGACGGUGCUCGCCAUGAGUUUCGUGGAGUACUCAGAUUUCAUCCAGGACGGAGACGUCGCCAUCGUCUACUUGGGCCAUGAAUCCAUGAUGCCAGUCAAGGUGCAGCAGGGCGCCCAAACGCAGACACGUUACGGAGUCAUUCGCCACUCCACGGACCUGAUCGGCCAGCGUUACGGGGCGAAGGUCACCUGCAGCAAAGGCGGCUGGGUCCGCGUGCUUCACCCCACACCUGAGCUGUGGACCGUCACCCUGCCGCACCGCACGCAGAUCCUCUACACCACCGACAUCGCCACCAUCACCAUGAUGCUGGAGCUGAAGCCGGGGUCCAUCGUCUGCGAGUCAGGGACCGGUAGCGGCUCCCUCUCCCACGCCAUCCUGCGCACCAUCGCCCCCACAGGUCACCUGCACACGGUGGAGUUCCACCAGCAGCGGGCGGAGAAGGUGGCGGAGGAGUUUAAGGAGCACCGCGUGGACCAUCUGGUCACCGUCAGGAACCAGGACGUGUGCAAAGACGGUUUUGGAGUGACCGGGAUAGCGGACGCCGUCUUCCUGGACAUCCCCAGCCCCUGGGAGGCGGUGAGACACUCCAAGGCUGCUCUGAAGAAACAAGGAGGUCGGGUGUGUUCGUUUUCUCCGUGUAUCGAGCAGGUCCAGAGAACAUGCGAGGCCUUGGCGGAUCAGGGUUUCAAGGAGAUCAGCACCGUUGAGGUCCUGCUGCGAGUCCACGACGUCCGAACCGUCUCUUUGCCGCUGCCCGACUUCGGCCCGGACCCCUCCACUCAGACUGAGCCCGACGGCGCAGAGAAAACACCUCCAGGACAGGCGUCCAUCUCCUUGAAGACCACCACCCCGCCAAGAGAGAUCCCGGGUCACACAGGGUACCUCACCUUCGCCACCAAACCCAGAACCUAAAGAGAUUUGUCUUUAUUUCACCACCAGUACACAGGAUGAGGUUUCUAAUCUCUUUGCCUCGUUCCAGUGUAUUUUGCG